CAUCAGCUGCCCAACUAUUUAAGAGCACUGGGAGUGGCAGAGUAGCUGCCCACAGCUGUGUGUCAGAGCUCAGCAGCUGUAGAGUGAGAGUCUGAAGAGGGUAACACCAUGUCUUGUGGCUUAGUCUGCACCAAUUUGGGCAUCAAGCCUGGACAGCGUUUUGGUGUGAAGGGUGAAAUUACACCAGGCGCCAAGAGUUUUGUAGUGAACAUAGGGAAGGACCCCGCCAAUAUUGUGCUGCACUUCAACGCACGCUUUGAUAUCCAUGGGGAUGUGAAGACCAUUGUGUGCAACUCCAAGAACAAUGGGGAAUGGGGCACAGAACUGAGGGAGACAACAUUCCCUUUCCAGGAGGGCUCCACAGUGGAGAUUUUCUUUGUUCAUGACAAAAACGAACUGACUGUUCAGUUGCCAGGCCACCAAUUCAAGUUCCCUAACCGGCUGGGACUCCAGGCCAUCGACUACCUGUCUGAAGAGGGUGACUUCAAACUCAAAUCCCUCCAAAUGGAAUAAUUCCACUCUCAUCCCACACCAAAGGGCUCCAAAGAGAUAUUUAAAAUGAAAUAAAUAAAUGCCACUGAAUCUGAUGUC